AGAGUUUGCGGUGGUUUGUAGUCUUGCAUGAUGCCUACUUGAUGCAAAUGAUCAUUUUCAAAUCUAAGACUAAAUUGAGUCAAAUAUAUUGAUAAAAGUCACCCUGUCCGAGAGAGAUUUAAUGUUAUCAAAAACGUCACGCCAGGGAAAGCCUACAUGAAACAUAGCCCUUAUUUGAAGUGUUCCUAAAAUCCACAAUGGGUCAAAUGAAUGGUGGAAAACGAUUGGAACCAUUUCCGUGUUUGACCGAUAGGUUUUGUCAUGUGACUGAUAGGUUUUAUCAUGAUGCGUCCACUGGGGGGCCCAAUUACCAUAUUGCUUACACUGUCAAAUCUUCUCGGAUCUCCACAAGCGCAUAGGGUGUAGGACUGAGGAGUCCAUUUGUAUUGAUCUCAUGUCUCCUCCCUAACAAUGGGAGUCGUUGCCCCAAAAGCGGGAAGGCAGGCAAGCGACACGUUUUAGGUCCAAAAUACGCCCUUAGAAACGCAUUGGGCUUGUUUUGGACCGAGUGAAACCACAUAUUGUUCUGUGGUGAAACCUCUUGCAUCGCCUCUUCCUCUCUGACACAGCCAAGUAUUGCAUCCCAUAAUGCAAUAGGAGGCCGUUGAGAUCCAGCAGCUGGUGGUGAGUUUCCAAAGCGCCCAAGAGUCAAUAGCAGGCGGCUGACACAUCUCUGAAUCCAUGUGACAUUUUACGAACCUUUAAGCGUAAAUGCAUCAGAUAAAUAUGCUGCUCAAGUGUCUUGCAUAUCUCCAUAAAGGCCUGUGAGUGUCUACAAGUACCACAGUAUUCGUUGUUGGAGGAUUCCUCCCCCGUCUGCCGGAUCGCACCGAACAGGCAAUGACAACGGCCUCAGCAACUCCGCAGCAGAUGAGAGACCGGCUGCUGCAGGCCAUCGAUAGUCGUAGCAAUGAGAAUGACCCAAAACAUACCUCCAGGCUGUGUCAGGGCUAUUUUACCAAGAAGGAGAGAGAUUGAGUGCUGCAUCAGAUGACCUGGCCUCCACAAUCAUCUGACUUCAACCCAAUUGAGAUGGUUUGAGCAGAUUCACAAUAUGGUGGCAGUAUUAGAAGUUAUCACAUACUUGGAGAAAUUCCCUAUCACCAAAGAAGCACUUGAGGAAACCCGAUUGGGGAAACUGAUCAAUGACGUGAGGAAGAAGACCAAGGAUAAAGACCUUGCCAAGCGUGCCAAGAAGCUUUUGCGGAGCUGGCAGAAAUUGAUCGACCCAGGGCAAAAUGAGACUCCAUCGCGGGGGGCAGUAAGUGUCUCGGGCUCUGCCAAUGGCAGUGCCCACCCCUGUUGGACUGACGUUCCACCCCCUGACGUAUCCCUGGCAGACAAAGUUGUCCAAGAGGUCAAAACCAGAAAUGACGUCCACAACACCGACUCGCCCAAAGCGGAGAAGUCAAGCAGCAGGAAGCGUAGAGGGGAGCAAAAGGACAGUGUGCACUUACCGGCCAAAACCUCCAAGAUGUCCCCCAACGAGCAGAUGCACAACUCCACUCUGUCGCCACCUCCCACAAAUGGGAUUGCAGGUAACCCUGAGGCUCCCCGAGACCUAGAGGCUACACCUUCGCCAGACAGGGCCCGGACAGAGCACAUUGAGAAUGAAAAACACAGUAGAAUCCCUGUCAAUGCUGUCAAGCCACACCCCAGCUCCCCGGGCCUCGCCAAACUACCUAGCACUUCCUCUUUACUCAAGACUGCUGUGUUGCAGCAGCAAGCAAGGCUGGACGAAGGAGGAGGGGGGCAAUAUCUGACCAAAAGCCCCCGCUGCCUUUCAAGUCCACGGACUAUGAAGCAAGAGACUAUGUCCAAGCACUCUUCAACAUAUGCACCAAAAGGGACUAUCCCAAGCCCAGCUCGGAGUCCUCGCUUGCCUUCGUCCCAGCCUUUAACGUCCCCAGCCCAAGUGUCUCAUGUGAAUGGGCCGCCACCCCCUGCCCAUAGGGCCUCACUGCACUGGCCUGGCUCCUCAGAGGCCACCACCAAUCCCCCACACAGCACUGGAACACUGGAACCCCCGCCUGUCUUCCUUCCCACCACCCAUCCCGCCCCACAAAACUCUGAGUGCGCGGAACUCCACAGACCCUCCCCCUCUGUAGUGGUGGUCAAGGCUGAGGCAGAAGUCUCUGCCUCCAGCUCGGACCGCAAAAAGAGGAAGAAGUACAGGUCCAGGGACUACUCUGUCAACCUGCAGGGGCAGGACAUAGAGGACAAAACAAAGCCUGUGAGGUUAAAAGAACGCAGGCUAACGUUUGACCCUGUGACUGGACAGAUCAAGUCCAUGGUACAUAAAGAACUCUGUCAGGUGGAGGAACCCCCAAUGCCACCUCCCCCUAAGCCCCAGCAGAGAACUGAUCUGCAUCCACAGCAGCCUCCCGCUCCCACCCCUAGCCCCUUCCAACAGACUAACUGGAAAGAGCUGUCCCGAAACGAGAUCAUCCAGUCCUACCUAAACCUUCAGAGCAACGUGCUCACAUCCUCGAGGGUCCAGGCCCCCGGCGCACACUUUUUCAUGUCAGAAUACCUGAAACGGGAGGAGAGUGAUCUCAGGGAGGCGAGGCGAGGAGUCCAUGUCUUGCAGCUGGACAGCUCGGUAACGGACACACCUGGAGUGAGCCGAGAGGUGACCGACAAGGACCUCCACAGAGUACAUACGGAGCACUGGCAAGGGGUAAAUGGUUGUUACGACACCAAGGGCACUUGGUUCGACUGGACGGAGUGUAUAUCGUUGGACCCACAUGGGGACGAGAGCAAACUGAAUAUCCUGCCAUAUAUUUGCCUAGACUGAGAUGGGGUGUCUGUCCCAAGAUUGUUAAAGGGCUUUCAGUUCUGUUUUUCAAAAAUAAAAUGUUGCAGGAAAGAUGUGCCCGUUUGCAGAGUGCUGCUACUAACAAUUAAUUGCAAACUAGGGUUCUAGUGUAGGGUUGGCUGGAGUUUAGCUUUCCAGUUAUGUGCUCCGAGGGUGUUGAAAGCGUUCAUCUAGCACAGUUAAAGCCGAACGUGUCCAGCGAGUGGAGUACUGACACCUAUUUGGAAGUUACAAGAAGCUUUAUGUGACAUAUACAAAAAUAAAUUAUACAAUUUCUUAUCAUGUAUGCAUCUAUUUAUUUUUACCUUUUUCAGUUUUUUUUUUUUUAGGUUUAUGGAAACGAUGUGCAAAACCUGUAGAGCUUUUCUGUUUGCAUCACAUACUGUUGACCUGUUCUGCAAUGCAAAAGAGGCAUAACAUUGUUUUACACAUUAUUUUGUUUUUGGUUGGCCGUUACAUGUUAGCGAUCCAACAUUCCAUACUCCACCCCUCAUCUUCUCUCCUCACCACUCUGUUCUGAUGUACACAUGCCAUCGAGCGUUUUCUUUCCGGAGGAAGUUUAACAAAAAAAUGUGCCUCCUUUUGUUCAAUCAACAAAGUAUUUCAGAAGUUACCUUUGUUUUUCCAUUUACUUAUUCCCCAACAAUCCUCACCCAGGCAGAAAAUGAUGAAACAGAGGGUACUAAUACAACUGUGAGGAUAAGAAAAUGUUUGGAUGCUGGAACUAUACUUGUUAACAUUCCUUUUAGCUAUCGUUUUGGUUUAUGAAAUUGCAUCACGAGACUUUCAGAGUUGAACAGCCUUAAUGAAUAUACAGAAAUGAGAGCUUUGUAUUUCGUUUACAGAGGCCGGCGUCUUCUGUAAUUUCAUCAUUUACAUUAAGGUAUGUGUAGAUACAAACAAAACACCUGCAAGGUCCACAUUAUUUUUUUUCUCAAUUUUCCUCCAAUCUUUCAUGGGUUUGUAUUUCAGGAAUGUUCUACUCAUUGAGAAGCGUGCGUGAUGGUAAAUGAACAAGUGUCGUUUCUUUUGCUAUUUUGUUGAAAACUACAAACUUAAGAGAGCACAUUCUUCACGUUUUCCAUGUGACAAUUUGGAGAAGUAGUUGUUUUUAUUUUUGUUCUCGUCUUGCCACGGUUCUCCACAUAUGACAUGACUUCAGAUGGGGGUAAGGUCAGACUGUGCGCCGCUAUAUUCAUCCCUACCAAUGUGCCUUUUUGAUGUCAAAUCUGGAUUCGCUUUCGCAUAACACUCCUGUCCUUGGAACUAGGUUUAUGUGUGGCAAUUCCAUGUCCGAUGAUGCUGGACUAUGCACCAUAUUUUUUUCCUAAGCAGUGGUCCUUAGUGAACACUGAUCCAGAAUGGGUAAAUUGCAGACAAUGAGGCAUCACUCAAACACAGCUCGCAAUAACGAAAUGCUAAAGAUGAUUGAUGUGGAUCUGGUCAGUUUGACUGGGACAUCUUUAUUUGUUCGGUGUUUAACAUCUCAUUUGUUUGAAAAAUAAAGUGAUCUAAACCCUA